CCGCAGGACUGGCUGAAGAUUUGUUCCCCGACUAUAAGAGGCACUUCCCCUUCAAUGGGAGUUGACUUUUGACUCGGUGAUCUGACCUCAGUCAGUCCUGAACUGCAAGAUGCCCACUGUGUAGUCUGGUGUCUGUCCAUCCUUGUGUCCUUACUACUUUUUCCAGCUGGACUAUGAAAACUAGAUUCACUCCUGCUCCAGACAGCAGCCAAACUAUCUGUCCAGCUCUAUUCCCCAGGGCGGCAAGAGUAAAAAGAGGAUCUGUUGUAUUGUUUAAUCCUUAUUUCCAGACAUCUUUUAAAGAAGUGUACCUGUUGUAUGAGAUUUUGCUCUCAGGUCUGGAAAUUGAAAACAACAAACUGUCUGUCAAAGAUGAGGAGCUGGCUUCUCUAAAGAAAACAGAAAAACUCAAAGCCAUUUUUGAAGAAGUGCUUCCAAGAAAUCUUCAGGAUGUUCAACAGUUGACUUCUGGCCUUUCAUAUCUCAAUGGGACUUUAAACAAAGAUGAUUUUGAAAGACUUAUUCUAACACUAGUCUACACAGUGUACCAGGCAGUUCAUGUCAAAGACCACUGGAAAGAUGCUUGGGCAGAAGCAUUUGUAGAACUCUACAAUGCAAUAAAGCAAGACAUCAUGCUUUAAAAAUGAGAAAUGCUGUAUUUGCACAUUUACACUAAGAAAGUAUACUAGACAUUUCUUAUAUUACCCAAAUAUAAGCAUUUUCUGAAGCUAAUUAGCCAUUUAUAGACUUGUAGGCAUCAGGAACUAUGCACAGACCAAAACUGGGCGAGAUGCCAUAAACUGUAUUAGCCAUAAGGUAACAUUUGAUGUGAAAACAAGUCAAUGGUCUACUGUCAUAUAUGCUGGAUCAUAUAUGUUGGAUGUACAUUAUCCUGAAUUCAUGUUCAUUUAGCUUAUUAACACUUUACUACAACUGCAAUUACAUAAAAUGUUACAAUUUACGUUAUUAUGGUGCUGCAAAGCGAUAACAAUCAUGACAGUAACAAUCAAUGUCUGUGGCUUCCCACUAUCUGCAAGGCCUUUGUAAUCUGAAUUCAUCUGGGGCCCACUCUUCUAUCUCAUUACCUAUGAAAAACGUUUGCUCUGCUGCAUUCACAAGCUAUCUGUGUUUUUGGAGUGCAUUCUCACUUCAGAGGAUUGGUUGGAUUUUUCCUAGAAAUGCAAAUUUAAUAUGUUACUUGCUCAGCAAAAACAUGUGAUUAAAGAUUAACUGUAUUUUUUUUUCAGAAAAUAACAUAAACUGAACAAUACUAAAUUUCUCUUACUUACGCUGCAAAUGCAAUUCAACCACACAAAUGGCUUCCCGGCAAACCUGGUUAUAUUUUUGUAUUUUGAAUGUUCCAUCUGAGAAUUCAGUUGACUUUCUUUUCUCUGAAAUGUCCAACUCAGGCUUCCAACUUCAUAGGGUGAUCACAUAAAAUUUUGACUUGGAAAAUCAUAUUACCUGUCUGUCAACUGCAUGCAAAUGCAGCCCCCAACCUCACCCCUUACAUGUCCAGUGUUUCUGAUUUAACAGAGUGCAGCAUGCUGACCCAUGUCUAGCUUGCCCAUUUUGAUUUUGUUUUAGGUGUCAGCUGCAGCUUCUGAUAAUGGAAUUUGAAGACGGUAUACAGCACUUAUAUUACAUUGCUGUGCAAAUUUUCUUUUGUUCAAAGCAAAUUGCAUUUUAGAGCAUUUACAAUUAUAUAUUUCAUAUCUGCAUUGUUUACAAAUUAUUUUUUAAUACUGGAAUUUAUAGAAUUUUUCAUUAGCUGUUAUCUUACAGUUCUUUGUUGAAAUUUCACUGUUGUUAUUUGUAGUAUUUUUUUUUUUUGCAUUGACAUUCUUUUAAUUCCAAAAGUACUCUUCAUAUCAUUUUUUAUUUUUUUUUGAUUUCUUUAAAAUCUGGUAGGAAGCAACAUACUUCAGCCAUAUGUCUCAAAUUUUGCUACAGCAACAAAAUGUGGCAGGGAAAGAGAAAACAGCAGAAGGCAUUUUAUCAGAUUUCUCUAGCCAUCAAACAAAAGUUUUAAUUAAGUAAAACUAGGGGGGCUCUGCCCCCUGCUCGCUUUGCUCGCCAACCCCCAGGUUUGGUCCUAUGGAAACACAAUUUAAAGUGUU